AUGCGCCAGGGCGAGUGGGUGUGCCCCACGUGCAGCUUCAAGAACCGGUCGGCCAACCAGCUAUGCGGCGGCACGGGCCCCAUGGGCUGCAAGGCCCCCCGCCCUAGCGACGCGGCGGCGCCCGGCGCGGCGGCGCCCUUCGGCGGCGGCGCCGCGCCGCCGUACGGCGCCCAGCCCUUCGGCGCCGCGCCCUUCGGCGGGCCGCCCCAGCCGUACGGCGGGCAGCUGGCGGCGCCCUUCGGCGGCGCCCAGUUCGGCGGCGCCCACUUCGGCGGCGCCCACCCCUUCGGCGGCGCCUCGCCCUUCGGCGGCGCCUCGCCCUUCGGCGGUCCGCCCGGCGCGCAGCAGCCGUGGCGGCCGCCGCAGCCGCUGCCCUUCGGCGGGUGCGCGGGCGCGGGCCCGCUGGGGCGGCCCGUGGCGGCGCAGGAGUGGUGGACGUGCGACUGCGGGUUCCGCAACAGGGGUGGCAACCAGGAGUGCGGGGGCACGGGGCCCAUGGGCUGCAAGGCCCCGCGGCCCAAGGCCCCGGUGCCCGGGUCCCCCGACGCGGACGGUGCCGACGGAGAGGGCGAGAUCCCGCCGCGCGAGCCGGGCACGCUGCGGGUGGCGACCUUCAACGUGUCGUCCAGGAACGUGGAGGAGGCGCGCGUGAAUGAGGUGGCGAGGAUCCUGCGGGAGUGCGACGCCGACGUCAUCGCAGUGCAGGAGCUGAGCAGCCGGUUCAUCCAGCUGCUGGUAGCGGACGAUAGCAUGGCGAAGUACAAGGUCCUGCUGCAGGAGCCGCGGAUCCACUACUACACCGCCCUGUUCAUCGGGGGCCGGCGGUUUCACCCCGACGUGGGCAUCAACGGGAGCGGUUGCAUGCCGUUCGAGGAGACGACUCAGGCCCGCGCCCUGCAGUUCGCGGACCUGGCCUUCCCUGGCUUCGGCAGCGCGUGCGUGGCCACCUCCCACCUCGACGCGCCGAAGCCGCGCGAGCCGGGCACGUCCGUGAGGCAAGCGCAGCUCGCCCAGGCGGCGGCCGCGCUGCACGACAAGGCGCUGGAGGGCCAGGGCGUUGUAUGGCUUGGCGACUUCAGUUGGAUCAAGACGGACGGGGAACUCCAGCUUCCCGAGGACUGGGCCGACCUGUGGCCCCAGCUGCGCGGGUCGGAGAGAGGCCCCACGUACCACGGCAACCAGGGCAGCGCCUGCGCGUCGCCCGCCCGCAUGGACCGCGUGCUCGUCCACGGGCUCGAGGGCGUGCGCGUCAUGCGGCUCGGCAUGAAGGUCCUGGACGGCAGUGGGCCGAGGAGGUACGCCAGCGACCACUACGCGGUCCUCGCGGUGCUGCGGAGAGCCUGA